GCUUCAACUAAAACAAAAACAAAACAAUCCCUUAUAACGCGUUCAAACAAAGUAGCAGUAGUAAGUAAUAGUACCUCAUCAUCAUCACCAUCAUCAUCAAUAACCAAAAUAAAAGAAGAAACCCUCCAUGAGAACACAACAACUACUAGUACCAGACAGAGCAGUAGUGACUGAAGAAAUCAAAAUCAAAGAGAACAUUAAGUAAUACAGAGUUUGUUAUUCUUAUGAUGUAAUGUUUCUUGUUACAAGAAGAAAAAUAUGAAGAAGAAAAAAUUAUCAUCAAAUUCAUUUUAAAAAAACAUCAUCUUUCUCCUCAUCCUCCUCAAUCCUCUCUAUCUAUUCAUCUAUUCAUGGCUUCUUAUCUGGUUUUGUUGUUUGGUUUGUUUAUGUUGAUGAUUUCAUUUGUUGAAUCAACAACAGAUCCAAAUUCAGAAGAAUGUAAAGGUAAAUGGGUAUAUGUUAGAAAACUCCCAAGCAGUUUCAAUCUAGAUCUUUUAGUAAAUUGUUCUAAUUAUCCAUUAUAUGAUGAUUUCUGUCCACAUUUAGCAAACCAUGGUCUGGGUCAUAAAACACAUAACCGUUCACAUUCAUGGUUCAGAACUGAUCCCUAUAUGCUUGAACUUAUUUUCCACAGAAGAAUUCUUGAAUACCCAUGUCUAACUACAAAUCCUGUUCAGGCUGAUGCUGUUUAUCUUCCGUAUUACUCUGGUAUUGAUGCAAUCUCGUAUUUGUAUGGUUCUGAUGUCAAUUCCAGUGCUCAUCAUGGUCUGGGUUUGUUUGAUUUUCUGAGUAAUGAUUCGCCUGAGAUAUGGAAUAGGAAUCAUGGGUUUGAUCAUUUUCUGGUUAUGGCUAGACCUGCUUGGGAUUUCUCACAGCCAUUGAGAAAUGACCCUGUUUGGGGUACUUCAUUUCUCGAGUUGCCGGAGUUUUUCAAUGUCACUGCAUUGACACUUGAAUCUAGAUUUUGGCCGUGGCAAGAGCAAGCGAUUCCGUAUCCCACUUCAUUUCAUCCGCCGAGUGUGUUGCUCAUGGAAUCUUGGAUUGAGAGGGUGAGAAGAACACAUAGAACUACUUUGAUGCUUUUUGCUGGUGGUGGGGGUGUUUCUGCAUCACCUAAUAUUCGGCACAGUAUUCGUGUCGAAUGUGAGAAUACUACUAGUGGUGGUGGUGGUGGUUUUGGUGGUGGGGGUAAUAAUUUUACCAUCAGCGGUUCUAUUUCUAAGAUAUGUGAGAUUGUGGAUUGUUCUAAUGGUGGUUGUGACCAUGAUCCGAUUAAGUAUAUGAGACCAAUGUUACAGUCGAGUUUCUGUCUACAACCGCCUGGUGAUACGCCGACUCGGAGGUCGACUUUUGAUGGGAUUCUUGCAGGAUGUAUACCUGUUUUCUUUGAAGAUUCUUCUGCGAAGACGCAAUAUGGUUGGCAUUUGCCGGAGAAGCAAUUUGAUGAAUUCUCAGUGUUUAUACCUAAAGAGGAAGUGGUAUCCAGAGGGUUGAGGAUUGUUGAUGUUUUAACUUCCAUUCCGAAAUCUGAAGUUCGGAGAAUGAGAGAAAAAGUUAUUGAAUUGAUACCAAGGAUUAUUUACAGGAGACAUGGAGAUUCAAUGGGUUGGAGAACAAAGAAGGAUGCUUUCGAUAUUGCUAUUGAAGGUGCGAUACGGAGGAUUAAAUCAAGAAUCUCUGUAACAAGUGACAGUUAAGUUUUUAUUAUCCGAGCCUGAAAUUUUCCUGUUACUUCAUGGAAAUCUUUACUAGUAUCAUCAGAUAGUUACUCAUUUUUGUUUGAAUUUAUUAAUUUAUUCCACUUCUAUAAAUCUAUACAGAUAAGAAGUUGUGAAAAUCAGAUAGAAUUUUACAUUCUUUCAAUUCAGUAAUAAAAUCAGUUCAACUA